AUGGCAUCUAAUUCAAUUCCAGCACUUUUUGAACCAAUUACCAUAAGAGGAAUGACCUUAAAGAAUAGAAUUGUGGUCGCACCAAUGUGUCAAUACUCUUGCAAUGAUGGAUUUGCAAAUACUUGGCAUCAAAUUCAUGCUACUUCGAGAAUUGUUGGUGGAGCUGCAUUAUUCAUUAUGGAAGCCACAGGAGUUUCGGCCAUUGGAAGAAUUUCACCUAACUGUUUAGGAUUAUAUAAGGAUGAACAUGUGGAAAUGUUGAAAACCAUUGUAGAUCAAUCACAUGAAUUGGGUGGAAAGAUUGGAAUUCAAUUGGCACAUGCUGGACGAAAGGCAAGUUUAGGUAGAUUAUGGGAUAGUGGAAGAUUGGCUUUAUCUGAAGAUAGAGGUGGUUGGGAAGUUGUCGGUCCAUCUGAAUUGCAAUUUGAUGAUAUUCACAAAAUGCCAAGGGAAAUUACCAUUCCAGAAAUUGAGGAAACUAUUAAGGAUUUCAUUGAGGCUGCUAAGAGAGCUGUUAAAGCAGGAUUUGAUGUGAUUGAGAUUCACGGAGCUCAUGGUUAUUUGAUUCACUCGUUCAUGUCACCUGUGUCAAAUUUGAGAACUGACAUGUAUGGUGGAAGUUUUGAAAAUAGAACGAGAUUAUUGUUGCAAAUUGUUGAUGGAGUGCGAGGUGUUAUUCCUGAGGAAAUGCCAUUGUUUGUGAGAUUGUCAUGUGAAGAUUAUAUGGAAGAAGGUUGGACAAGUGAUGAUACUGUCAAAGUUUCACAAAUUCUCAAAGAUCAUGGUGUUGAUUUGAUUGAUUGCUCAACCGGUGGAACUAAACCAAUUCAAAACGUUCAUGGUUUGGUUGUUGAACCUGGUUAUCAAGUUAAAUAUUCAGUUGCUAUCAAGGAAAAGGUUGACAUUUUGACAGGAGCUGUUGGUAAAUUAGAAGAUCCAAUUUUGGCCAAUAAGGUCAUUGAGGAAAAGAAAGCAGACCUCGUUUUGAUUGGUAGAGCCAUGAUGGGUGAUCCUUACUGGGCUUUGAGAGCUGCCAAAACUCUUGGUUAUGCCAAUGCUGGAAUUCCGCCUCAAUACGGUUUCGCCAUCAAUUUGUAA